AGGUGCGCGCGUGGCUCCGGCUGCGCAGGAACAGCUGGUGGCCCCGAGGGCGGCCGGUGAGCGGGCGGGAGUGGGGUGCGGGUGGCCGGCCGGGCUGCGCUGCACGAGCAGCCGCCGCCGCCGCCGCCUUGCACCAUGUCCGGGCCGCUGGAGUGCUGCGAGCGCGAGUGGCACGAGCUGGAGGGAGAAUUUCAGGAAUUGCAGGAGACGCACAGGAUCUACAGGCAGAAGCUGGAGGAGCUGAGCGCGCUGCAGACGCUGUGCAGCAGUUCCAUCAGCAGGCAGAAGAAGUGCCUCAAGGACCUGAAGCGCACACUCCAGAGAUACAAGCGCCAUGCCAGCCGGGAGGAGGCGGAGCUCGUUCAGCAGAUGGCCACGAACAUCAAGGAGCGGCAGAAUGUCUUCUUCGACAUGGAGGCCUACCUGCCCAAGAAGAACGGGCUCUACUUGAAUCUGGUGCUCGGCAACGUGAACGUGACCCUCCUCAGCAACCAGGCCAAGUUCGCCUACAAGGACGAGUAUGAGAAGUUCAAGCUCUACCUGACCAUCAUCCUGCUCCUGGGCGCGGUGGCGUGUCGAUUUGUCCUUCACUACAGGGUGACCGAUGAGGUCUUUAACUUCCUGCUGGUGUGGUAUUACUGCACUCUGACAAUUCGCGAGAGCAUUCUCAUCAGCAACGGCUCCAGAAUUAAAGGCUGGUGGGUGUCUCACCACUACGUCUCCACGUUCCUGUCCGGAGUGAUGCUGACCUGGCCUAAUGGACUCAUUUAUCAGAAGUUCCGAGAUCAGUUUUUGGCGUUUUCGAUUUUUCAGAGCUGCGUCCAGUUCCUGCAAUAUUAUUACCAGCGGGGCUGCCUCUACCGGCUGCGGGCCCUGGGGGAGAGGAAUCACCUGGACCUCACCGUAGAAGGCUUCCAGUCCUGGAUGUGGCGGGGCCUCACCUUCCUCCUGCCCUUCCUCUUCUGUGGCCACUUCUGGCAGCUCUACAACGCGGUCACGUUAUUUGAGCUCUCCACCCAUGAGGAAUGCACAGAAUGGCAGGUGUUUGUGCUGGCACUCACGUUCCUCGUCCUCUUCCUCGGCAACUUCUUGACCACACUCAAAGUUGUGCAUGCCAAACUCCAGAAGAACAGAAACAAGACAAAGAAGCCAUGAUCCAUAGACUCUCGUGCCCCUCGGGCCCCUGGACUUUGAGCCAUCGGGGCGUCUGGUGGCACCUGGGCCGCCGAGCGCCCCCAGCAGCGCCGGCCGCAGCCAUCUCGGGGGGGCCAGUGGCAUCGCUCUAAGGCCCAGGCCUGGUCCCCGCCGGACAUGAAAAAUGUGAACCCGCCUGUACGCACAGUAUUAGCCCACCUAUUUAUGACAUAUUUAACACUGGGUCCUCCCAAUGUCCCAGAUGUGACUGGGCCAGUCUUCCUGGGGGAGAGGCCUGAAGCCUCAGGGAGCCCCUGUCCCCACUCCUGUCAUUUGAACCCCUCACACUGGGGUCUGGAUGUGCCUCGCCGGGGUUGGAUUUGUGCUGACCUGCUACUUACCUAGUCCCAGGCGCAGGGGUGGAAUGAAGCCCUUCGGCGCCCGCAGAGCCUUCCCUCCCCAGGGGCCUCGGCCUCUGUUGUAAGCUCAGCUCCCACGCCGGGGCUAUUCAAGUUCUCGGAGAACCACUGUCCUUUGCUUCGUGCUCCUUGUGCCUCCUGGCUUGCCCGCCUGUGGCCACUGGGGCCACUCGGGGGGCGGUUCUGAGGGUCACCACCAGAGGGCGCCCCAGCUCCCGUGUGCUCUGAGCGACCCCGGAAGCUCCGUCCCUCUCUGGGGUUGCCUCACCCCCCUUCGGCCCACCUGCCCGCUCCUGCAGCGAGUGCUCCGGGAGUGGCGCCAAGACCCUCAGCGCUGGCUGGCACCUGAGCCAUCAUGGACGUCGGCCAACUCUCCAGUCUCUACUCCCAGCUCAGGUUCUGGAGUGUGGGGUGGGGAGGGGGUCUGAGCAGGCUCGCCCCCAGAAGCCGCCCCGGGAGGCCAGGCCAGGGCUGCGGGCCCCACCUCCUGUGAGGUUCUGUAGGAGCAGGGCGGGCGCAGAGGCCGGUGUGGUUGAAGGUUCUGUCCCUUCUCCCCUCCAUGGGCCUCAGCUGCGCUUAACGACUUCCCUGCAGAUCCACUUGGACCUGGCUUCACAGCUGGCGUCCAGACAUGCCUUGUUUGGCCCUCAAAGGGAUUUUAAAUUUUUUAAAUUAGUUACAUUGUAACCAAAAUAAAAACCCAGAUUUCUGCUUUCCCUAGAAAAAUGUAAGGAUCUGGCAACGUUCCCACAAGACACGACUGGUCCCCGCCCUGCCACAGGCCCCGCCACUCCCUUUUACCCCUGCCUGCUCCCCAGGUGCGGAUCUCCUAUCUGGCCCUUCUCAGGCACCUGGGUUUGCGCUGGGUGAGACAUCAGCAAACUGAAGGGCCAGAGGGUCUCUGUGGCAACCACUCACGUCUGCAGUUGUAGGGCAAAAGUCAAUGCAUAAAUGACGGACAUGGGUGUGUUCCAAUAAAACUUUAUUUACAAAAACAGGCCGUAGGCAGAUGCGGCCUAUAGGCUGUAGUUUGCUGACUUUUCCCUUAGACCAUCAUUUGUCCACAAGGCCUUGGAUUCUUCCAGAACAACAGGUCCUUGGUUCAUUCCCCAUGGGACGGCAGGGCCUUGGGGAACCCAGCUGGGGUGGGUUUCAGUCUCCUCCCUGGGCAGCCUGACUUCUGAGAAGCUCAGGUUUAGUUGAUGCCCCCUCACUGGGCAAGGGGGGCUGAGGCAGGAGAUGGCGGGCAGGGCAGGUGCCACCUGAAGCCAUUAUCCCAUCUUAGGCAACACGGACUCCGAGGCUCACUGCAGCACGGGGCAGCUCGGUCUCUGGUGGACAUUAGAAUCACCUGGGGCACUUGUUCAAACAGUCCUGGCUCCCCGACCCCAGAGCUCCCAGGAGGUUCCAGGCUCAGGGGUUUGCCUGUUGCUCACAAGGCCAUCUGUGGACCGGUUUUGAGAAGCCAUCCUGCGUGGGCAGGGGGUCGAUCAUGUCAGUUCUUAAAGGAGGCCAGGAUGGUCGCAGCUCCUGGACGCCAUGUGCUGGCAGAAGCGGAGGCUGUGAGGGACAGAAGGUAGGUGGCUGGACGACUAUUUGAAUGGGCCGAUCCUGUUGUUGCAGGUUUCUAGAGAGAACUGACUUGCUCAAGAUCACCCAAGGAGCUGAUGGCACUUUCCACCCUGAGUCUCCGACAGUAGGGGGGUUGCGCGAGACCUGGCAGGGCGGGCAGACAGCUGGUACAGGGUGCAGGUCUUACUGCACCUUUCCUCUCCCCCUGCGCACAGGUGCCCAGCUCCGCAGGGACGGUGGCCAAGCGGAAGCCUGAGGCUGAUGUCUUCCAUGUGGGGCAGGCGGGGGCUGGGGGGUUGCUGCCUGUGUUCUCCUGAUAGGCUCCGGCGCCGCCGUGCCCUGAGUUCCCGUGGGAAGAGAGGAAGAAGCUGGAGGAUGCAGCCGUGGCUAUCUUGGGAGCCCAGGGAGGCGGGUGGCAGGAGCGGCGGGGUGCCCGUGUGGAACAAUGCCAGAUCCACGUGCGCCCACUCCCAGAUGUAGAUUUACUUUUAAGCAUAAGUCAGGUCUGCAGCGGGGCACACACGUGGCUGGUGGAGGCUGUGAUGAGUGCACUCCAGAGGCCUGGGGACAAACGCUGGCUCUGGGGUACAAAGGGAGGAGAAUCCAGCACCCUCAUCAUUACCACACUCCAGUGUAAGCGUGGAGCUGGGCUUGUGGUCCAGCUGGGAAAGGAGAGAGUUCCAGAAUGUUCCAAGAGUCUAGCUGCAGGCCCCAGACACCAGGUUGUCAGAGAGUUGUUGGGAACGCGGCAGGAUCCCAGGCACGGUCUGAGCCUGGGGACCCGGGCCCUGUCAGUGCUAUCACGAAGGCCACUGGCACUGGGAUCAGAGCAGCAGGCAGAGCCGGCGUUUUUUCUGCCGCUGUGCUUUCUUCAGGGCGCUUAGGGCCACCUUGGCGGCCUCUCGGAAGACGUCCUCCACAUUCUCCCGAAACUUGGCAGAACAUUCCAGGUAGAGCGCGGCUCGGAUCUGUUCGCAGGCGCUUAGGCCCUGGGUAGGGAAGGAGCCAGCGUUAGGUGACGGGGCCACCUGACACCUCAUGGAUUUAGGGGUGUGGGGCUGGCUUUGGGGGCCUUCUCCCCUCCAUUGCAGGGCUGGCCCUCGGGGGCGUGUGCGGGGGGGUCGUGGGGCCUGUUGGGUGCUGCCCACGGGCUGCGGCUGCGGGAGAAGCCUGGCCCCGCCCCCUCUGUCCAGCUCCAGGCAGAGGCUGAAGUCUGAGAGCUGGGGACGGGGCGCCCAGGUGUGUCUCCCAGGCUUGGGAGGCCUCAAGACAGAAGGGACUUGGGCUAACCUGUCCCCCUCUCUUCUCUGAAAGCGCACUUCAGGCAACUGAGCUUGCCAUGAGUAAAGAAAAAAAUUAUUUUUAAAAUGAAUUUAUCUUUAUCAAGGCUUAUUCCUUUUCAUUAAAGUUUCUUAUUAAUUUC